UUUCGAAAACCCCGCAAGGCUCGAACCUGAAGAACUUGCACAACUUCGAACUCUGUGAUUCACUUUCACUCUGCUACUUUUGAAGAUUCUCCCUGUAGUCUGUAAUGGCCGCCGAAAACAAACCCUCCACCGGAGCCAAGAAGAGGAAGCAGCGCUAUCUCCCCCACAAUAAGCCAGUGAAGAAGAAGGGCCACUACCCAUUACACCCCGGAGUUCAAGGUUUCUUUCUUACCUGCGAUGGCGGCCGUGAACGCCAAGCCUCCAUUGAAGCCAUCAACGUUAUUGACUCUUUUUUUGAGGAGUUAGUCCAUGGAAAAGUUUCUGGUGUGAAGCUGUCGCAAUUAGCUGAUAAACCAUUAAACAAAAAAAUUAAGUUUUCGGAUUCUGAGUCUUCUAGUUCUGAUGAUGAUAAUGAGGACGAGGGGGAUGAGGAGGAAGAGGAGGUUCCUGAGGAAGAAGGCAAGUCUAAAUCUCAUACAGAGCAAAAUGAUCCUUCAAAUGAAAAUGAAACAACUGAAAAAGUAGAUCCUCAUCAAGGGGAUGCUGUGGUCACCGAAAAUCAAACAGAGGAAAAAUCAAAUGACAAUAGUGAUGUGAAAUGUCAUGAAGUUUUAUCAAAUGAAGUUGAGGAGCCACCAAGUAAGAAACACUGCAUUGAAGCAGAUACAUCAAAAAAUGUUGUGCAGGAAAAAGCGAAGUCCAUUGAUCAAUUGAUUGAGGCCGAACUUGAGGAAUUGGGAGAUAAGAACAAGAGGCGUCUUUUCAAUCUAGAUUCGGGAUGUAAUGGUGUUGUCUUUAUCCAAAUGCGGAAGGGGGAUGGAGAACCCGGUCCUGAGGAUGUUGUGAAGCACAUGAUGACAUCUAUUGCUUCAACAAGGAAACACAUAUCAAGGUUCAUACUUAGGGUAUUACCAAUUGAAGUAGCAUGCUAUGCUUCAGUAGAGGAGAUCUCGAGGGCAAUAAAGCCUCUAAUAGAAAAGAAUUUUCCUGUCGAGAGUGAAAGUCCUGUAAAGUUUGCAGUACUAUAUGAAGCCCGUGCAAAUAGUGGCAUUGACAGGGCAACUAUAAUCAACACUGUAGCAAAAUGUGUUCCUGAGCCUCAUAAAGUUGAUUUGAACAAUCCUGAAAAAACCAUUGUGGUUGAGAUUGUGAAGACUAUUUGCUUGAUUGGAGUGGUGGAAAGGUAUAAGGAGUUAUCCAAGUACAAUCUGAGGCAGCUCACAUCAGGAAAGCAAUAGGAUAGGCUAUUUAUUUACUUCUCUCGGCUGUUCUGAGCACUUUUUUAACUUCGUACAUCAACAAAUGUAUUCAGCAUUUCCUUGAGCUAGUUUAAUUUAGAAAGUUUUGGAACCAAGCAAAAAUAAUAUUCAUGCUGUUUGAUAAUUAUUAUUGUCUGUUCAGCUGUUGAGUUGUUGGGGGAGAUUGUUGGAUUCGUAAGGUUGUUUUUUA